AUGAAAGUACUCGGGAGACUCUUAAGGAUUUUGAUAUCCGAAUCAGCGCACCUGAUCUGGGUUCUGAGAUGCGAUAGAACAAUAAACGGAGUACAACACUCCGAGCAAUCAAUAACCAAAAGAUGGACAACAAUGAUAAACAAGAGGCUACAAACCGACAGAAUCACCGCUAAGGUAAUCGUACGCAAAGAGAAUUACAAAAAUCUAGUCACAUCCACCUGGUCUGACGUAAUCACAACGAACACAAACCACAACAAAAACUGGGCCAUCGCCCUUGAGGUUUUAGUGGGUAUCAUACCACCCAGGCCCUCUACGAACGAGGCCCCCAGGUAGUCAUAGAGUCCCACACACCCACCACAUGGUAGGAGUGUGUAAGUGCAUUUUCCCUCGGAACGGUGUUCUCAGAACACCGCUAUAGCGCGUACUUGUAGAGCUAGACUUAGUCAGUUGCUACAAAUACACAUCGCUUGUCCAAAAAAGAAAGAAAGUACUC